UCCUGGUGAUGACGUGUGACGAUGUUAAUGACGGCGGUGAUGAUGAACCUCCUCCUUUGAUUCGCGGGAAAAGUGAAAAAAUGGCGACGGUCGAAGUUUGAAGUUUAGCGCCACGAAAACAGGGACAGAGAGGCAGGGCAGGACAGGAGAGAGACAGGAGAGAGACAGGACAGAGACAGGACAGAGACAGAGAGAGACAGAGACAGAGACAGGGACAGGGACAGGAUAGCGACAGGAUAGGAUAGAGACAGAGACAGGACCUGAAGACACGGAGACAGGCUGUCUGUCUGUCCCGGUGGAGUCCAACCUGUCUGUCGGAGUAACACCCGCCUGUCUGUGUGUCUGUGGGUCGGAGGACAGGUGGAGACAGACCGGAUCAGAGAAGGAUGUUUGAGGACCUGAUUGAAGCCUUCUCUGGUCUGGAGCCUCAGGUGUCUCCGGUGGGCGUGGCAUGUCUGAGGGGGCGUGGCCUGGAUGAGGGCGAGGAGGAGGAGUCCAGUCUGAGUGUUGGACAGUUCGUCCUCUGUCAUUGGUCAGAUGGACUCUACUACCUGGGCAAGAUACAGAGGGUGAGCCCCCCCCGGCAGAGCUGCUUCGUCACCUUUGAGGACAACUCCAAGUUCUGGGUUCUCUGGAAGGACAUCCAACACGCUGGCGUGCCGGGGGAGGAGCCUCGCUGCUCUGUGUGUCGGGAGGCAGAGCCAAACUCUGACAGCCAAUCAAUCCAAAACAACCAGAUCCUCAUCUGUGGGAAGUGCGGCAUCGGUUUCCACCAGCAGUGCCAUGUUCCUCCAGUGGAGGGCAGCAGCAGCCUCAGCCCCUGGUUCUGCAGACGCUGCGUCUUCGCUCUGGCUGUCAGGAAAGGGGGCGCUCUGAAGAAAGGUCCUAUAGCCAAAGCUCUGUCAGCCAUGAAGCAGGUGUUACCGUAUGACCUGGACUCUCUGGACUGGGACUCCCAACAUCGGACCAAUCAGCAGCAGUGUUACUGUUACUGUGGAGGCCCCGGAGAGUGGUACCUGAAGAUGCUGCAGUGUUUCAGGUGUCAGCAGUGGUUCCACGAAGCCUGUACUCAGUGUCUGCAGGAGUGCAUGAUGUUCGGAGACAGGUUUUACCUCUUCCUGUGUUCGGCGUGUAAUAAAGGGUCCGAGUACGUCCGUCGGCUGUCUCUGAGGUGGGUCGAUCUGGUUCACCUGGUUCUCUACAAUCUGUCAGUCAGCAGCAAGAAGAAAUACUUUGAGCUGGACGAGAUCCUCGCCUUCGUCUCUGCAAACUGGGAACAUUUACAGCUCGGGAAGCUGUCUAACACUCCCCUAUCAGAGAGAGGGCAGCAUCUGCUGGACGCUCUGAAUAAAUACAAGAGCAAGUUUCUGUGUGGGAAGGAGAUAAAGAAGAGGAAGUGCAUCUUUCGUCUGAGGACCAGAGUCCCUCCGAACCCCCCGUCCAAGCUCUUUCCUGAGCGUGCCCAGAACGAUGGAGGACGGGGCCAUAAGAAAGGCGUGGUCAGGAACAGUGCGUCAGCUGAGAGGAGGAAGAGGAAGUCCAAGUGGCUACUAGAAGAUGCCAUUCCUAAUAACGAGCUGUCCUGCAGUUGGACCUCCAACCAUCACAUGGCCAACAUCUUUGACUUCACCCUGGACGAACUGCAGAGCCUCAAGAGUAGUUCCAGUAGGACAGUCAGUAUUGAUCAGGACUCCACUGAUGCCUCCACUUCCGGCUCUGCUACGACCAGUGCCUCCUAUCACUUCAGAAGGAGGGUGGGCAGCAGGAAGAGGAAGUUACCUAGCAACAGCUACAGCCACUGGGCCAAUCGCAGUGAGGCAGGGGAGGAGCUUGGAGGGGAGGAGCCUUCUGGGAUGCUGGAGGACCAAGAAGCUACAAACCACACCCACCUGACAUCAGACUCCUCCCACUUUCUAUCUGACCCCUCCCAGAUUCCCUCUGACUCCUCCCACCUCCACUCCUCCAUCUCCUCGUAUUUUGGAGUUGCGGGCAGACUGACCAAUGGGGAGAGGUACCAGGUUCUGGCUCGACGUGUCACUCCUCAGGGGACGGUCCAGUACCUGCUGGAGUGGGAGGGGACAACACCUUACUAGGAUGUUAACGGAGUAACGGGGUUAGAUGUCUUGUGAAGCUUGGAUUCCUCUUCCUCCACUCUCACACAGGACAUUUGUUUCCUGAUCAGCUCCCAGUCUGGCCGUUGAUUGGUCGAAACCACUCACAGCUCAAUUACCUCACGAGUAAUGGGGGCGUAUUUAGUGUUUCCAUGACAACAGUCCAUCUGACCGACCACCAGAUCUGGUAUUCGUGUUUCUGAGAUUUUACCAGUUUUAAUGUAAGUUAAUGUUUUUAACUUGUCGACCAAAAAAGUUACUUUUUUAUUUUUAGUUUUUAUAAACCUGAAGCUAAAAACCUGUUUUUCAAAGACAACAAGGCAACGUUCAUUUUUAAUGUCGGCUGCCUAGCAACAGUAUUCUCAAGACUUAGGCUUAGGCCCUAAGUCUUGUCUCCAGAAAGAUCGGAACUGAUCCAGAAACCAGUGUACUAAACCUGACAGGAAAUGAUAACCCCUCAAAGGUUUGUCCCUUCAAAACCCUGUCCUACGUAUGUCCCUGCCAAACCCUGUCCUACGUAUGCCCCUGCCAAACCCUGUCCUAUGUAUGCCCCUGCCAAACCCUGUCCUACGUAUGUCCCUGCCAAACCCUGUCCUACGUAUGCCCCUGCCAAACCCUGUCCUACGUAUGUCCCUGCCAAACCCUGUCCUAUGUAUGCCCCUGCCAAACCCUGUCCUACGUAUGUCCCUGCCAAACCCUGUCCUAUGUAUGCCCCUGCCAAACCCUGUCCUACGUAUGUCCCUGCCAAACCCUGUCCUAUGUAUGCCCCUGCCAAACCCUGUCCUACGUAUGUCCCUGCCAAACCCUGUCCUAUGUAUGCCCCUGCAACACCCUGUCCAACGUAUGCCCCUGCAACACCCUGUCCAACGUAUGUCCCUGCCAAACCCUGUCCAACGUAUGUCCCUGCAACACCCUGUCCUACGUAUGUCCCUGCCAAACCCUGUCCUACGUAUGUCCCUGCAACACCCUGUCCUACGUAUGUCCCUGCCAAACCCUGUCCUACGUAUGUCCCUGCAACACCCUGUCCAACGUAUGCCCCUGCAACACCCUGUCCAACGUAUGCCCCUGCCAAACCCUGUCCUACGUAUGUCCCUGCCAAACCCUGUCCUACGUAUGUCCCUGCCAAACCCUGUCCUACGUAUGCCCCUGCAACACCCUGUCCUACGUAUGUCCCUGCAACACCCUGUCCAACGUAUGCCCCUGCAACACCCUGUCCUACGUAUGCCCCUGCAACACCCUGUCCUACGUAUGUCCCUGCAACACCCUGUCCUACGUAUGUCCCUGCCAAACCCUGUCCUACGUAUGUCCCUGCCAAACCCUGUCCUACGUAUGCCCCUGCAACACCCUGUCCUACGUAUGUCCCUGCAACACCCUGUCCAACGUAUGCCCCUGCCAAACCCUGUCCUACGUAUGUCCCUGCAACACCCUGUCCUACGUAUGUCCCUGCCAAACCCUGUCCUACGUAUGUCCCUGCAACACCCUGUCAGAUGGUUUUCAGGUGAGUUUGGAGGAAUCAGGUAUCAAAGCUGAUCAUGAGCCUGUAAAAACAGUAUUUAGUGAGAACAAACAAAAUGUUUAAAUGCAGCCAAAGACGUACACACACACACACACACACACACUCUCUCUGUCAGUAGUGUGUGUGAAUAUUUAGUCCUCCGGUCGGUAUAUUAUCACGCUGACAGUAAAUGGAGUUUGUGUCCCUGUAUGUCAAACCAAACAUUUCUUCUUUUUCACCUCUGACAUGUUAAACUGUCAGAGGCUCCUGUAGUUUCCUGUAGUGGCCCCCGCUGUCAGACAGCACGCCGCCUUACCUGUCCUCGCUGCUGUACCUGUGAGUUACAUCAUUCUUUCGUUCAGCAGUUUCUGAUGUAUUUAACCAACACGUUCAGUCUGUACAACUGAACAUAAAGCACUUCCUUUAAAGCCGACUGAGACCUUCAGUUAUGUCAGAAAACUGCUGCUCUGAUCUCGAACGGUUCGAGCAGGUUUUGUUCCCAGUCAGUGAUGUCACCACAGGUAUUAACAGCUGUCAAUGCCCAACACCUGGUGUGGCCUUACUGAGUGGGUGUGGCCUGCAGAGCUCAGAGCAGCAGCUGAUCUGAGACAGUGUUGGGUUACCUGUGAAGUUCCAGUGAGAUCUGACUUUUUGUUCCGCAGUUUCUUGAUAAAUUCCUAACUGACGGUUUGAAUGUGAACACAGCAGGAUUAAAGAUAUUUUAGAUCUCAGACCUCUCGGACUCAUUUGCUCCGCUUCAACAGACACCGGCAGAGAGCCGCGGCCUGUUUCGUACCAGGCCACGCUGUCAGAGAUCAAAUCCACUGUCCUAAUAAAGCUUAUCUGACGGUAAUAUAACUGGCUACCAACCAAACUCUGUUCAGAUUUCUGGGUAAUAAAGAAAAUCACAAAAUGUAACAUCGUAUGUAUUCAUUUAACUGUUUAACCACUUUCUGCAUCUCAAUGUUGUUUCAAGGCCUUCUUCAUGUCAUGUAUGUUUUUGUCUAAAAACAGCAUCUGAACUCUUUCUCUCGUGUCUUUAAACCCCUCAGAUUAGAAGUAUUACCAGGACUUGACCUCUGACCUCAGUAGUAGCUGCAGCACUGUCUGCUAGCGCGUUGAAUACUGACAAUAAACUAAUAAUCCUAAAAAUUAUAUUUGGAAACAAAAAUUUAAAAAAAACCUGCUGAUGUGAUUAAAGAUGAGACUAUAAACAAAAACUACAAAUCCCACUGGAACUUAAGGCUCAAAUUCCCAGAAUUCAGUGUUUUCCUUGUUUACAUUCAUAGUAUUGAUCUCUGUGUCCCGACAGCUGCUGUUUUCUUGCACUAUCGUCUCGUUCAGUAUCUAUGCAAACAUCAACCUCACUCACCAAAUAGAUUUUCCCAAACUGAUAAUCAGAUCGAUCAGGACCCUUGUGCUGUUCAAAUGUAUUAAAGAAACAAAUAAUAAAUAUAUUUAGAUGUUUCACAUUUCUGUUCUGUUUUGACAUAGAGGUUAGCUUGAAGCUAACACAGCCCAUUGGUUUGAAUGAGGAAUGCUAAUAGUGCUAACAGUCUCUGAGACGUUAAACUGUCACUCUGUCACUUUAAACCUGCACCGCCUCCUCGCAGCCAUGGUAACCACACUUCUCUCCCAUUGGCCUGUUAGCCGGUUGUUUUGAUCAUGUGACUGUUUGUAUGUUUUCUUUUUUUUCUGUUGAGCUGACCAAUCAGCUGCCAGCUUCCUCGGGAAUAAAAACAAGUUUGAGCUUUGA